GUAACUAUCACUGUGUUGUUUUUUUUUUUUUCCAAAGAAAAUCGAUCAAGAUACUCCUGCUCGGAAUAUCACCUUCAGCUCGUAAUUUUUGUCAAUUAUCCUCCCACGACUCCCCGCUCAUCAUGUCCUCCGAUCUCCCCUCACCAUCGUCAAUUACAUCACUCCCGCAGGAGCAGCAAUUCCGCGUCCUGGAUACCCUGUUCGAGUCGUCCCCUGAGCUGCAUACUCUCAUGGCCCCCGUUCUCGCAAACCAGACAUUCUCCUCCUACGCCAAUCUGAUUGAUGCUGUUGGCGGUCGCAUGUCUGCUCUGUCGGCUGCCAACUCGUCCAAGGACCGCGAUAUUCUAGUGGGCAUCCUGGGAUCGCACCCCCGCCUGGGACAGCCCAAGGGAGCCCCGACAGAGCACUUGAGCGAACUGAGCAAAAAGGAACAAGCAAAUUUGAAUACCGGAGCAGAGGAACAAGCGGAGAAGCUGAAGCGUAUGAAUGCUGAGUAUGAGCAAAAGUUCCCUGGCUUGCGGUUUGUUACUUUUGUAAACGGUCGCAACCGGGAUGUCAUUAUGGAGGAGAUGCGUGAGAGGAUCGACCGGGGCGAUGCCGAUCGUGAGGUGGAGGAGAUUAUACAGGCAAUGUGCGAUAUUGCAAAGGAUCGGGCGCGGAAACUGGAGCAGUCCGCUAAGAUAUAAUUCGCAUCCUGCAAGCAUAUAUUUGAACAAUGAAUACCCUUCAAUUUCAGC